UUCACCACUUGCCACUUUCAGACAUUUGUUUGUAUUUUUCCGUGCUUUCCUCCAAAAGUUUUGAUUAAUUGUAAUUGUCACGUGCCGGCUAGCAAAAAAUCUGGAAUUUUAAUCAAGAACUCAGUCACUAACUCAUCAACAUACGUGUUUGGUUAAAAUAUCAAUCUCUGUAACCAUCAUCCUUGAACUUAUUUUAGGAAACUUCAUCAAGAAGCACGAUGUCUGACGAAGUUCGAGGUGUUGAUUAUUCCAAAUGGAAGGUUCCCGAUCUGAAAAAAGCCCUAAAGGACCUGGGAUUACCAACUACAGGAAACAAAUCUGAAUUGAUUGAGAGACUUUCUGGCAAAGUUGAAAGCGUUAGUGCAGGUUUGGAUAAUCGGGAGCCAAUCGAUCAGCCUGAAGACAUUGAUGAAGAUGAAGUUCUCGGUGCGGACCUAGAUGAGCCAGUUGCUGAUACUAACAAUGACUCCAUCAUUGAUACACCGCCAGAAGGAGAAAGCAAAGAAAUUCCCAAAACAACUGCAGGGGCUACUCCUGCAUCCAGCCAGAAACCCUCCAAAAAAAUUACACUAGUCAGGAAGUCAUUGCCAGAAACAGAGAAAGAAAAUAAAGAUAAAAAUGAUGAGAAUGUUGUCAUCAUCAAUGAGAAAAAGAAAUCAGAGCCUGAAGUCAAGCCCAGUUCCGAAAGACAAGUUAUCAAAAUUUCUACAAUCAGCAUGAAAGAGAGGCUGGAAAUGAGAGCUCAAAAAUUUGGAACCCCCUUAUCAGACGAUGCCAAGAAGGCAGCUCGUGCUGAAAGGUUCGGAACCCCAGGAGGAACAAAAGGCUCAUCUUCAAUUGGUCCAACUGUUGUAUCAAGCAUUGAAGUCUUAAAGAAACGGGCAGAAAGAUUUGGGUGCACAACAGCCUCUAAACUUGUGAAGAAUGAAAUGCAGGAAAAACUGGAGCAGCGUGCCAAAAGAUUUAAAGCUGAUCCACAAAUCGUUUAAAGUUAUUUUCAUAUCCUUUUAUUCAGCAAAGAAGCGUUUAAAUUCCUAAAUUCCAGACAAAUUGAAUUUCUCAUCACUACAAGUCAGAUUUCUUUUUUCAAUCUCUUUGUCGACUUUAUGGUUGCAACCCACUCUUGAGGUAUUUUUCGAGCAGAGAACUUGACGUCAGAAAAACUACGUUCCAAUAUUUCAUUUCAUUUAAUUCUACUUCUUUUUAUGUACAGUGUGUAUUAUUUGUAAUGACUGACUAAGGUCACCUUUUUCAUAAUUAAGUGUUAGACGUCUUAAUUAAGUGUUUGAUUCAACCUUUGAAGGAUUACUGAAACUAAAUUUACUCUUUCCUGUCAUUAUUUAGAAGCCGAUUAAGUAAUCUUUUACAGGUCUUACUUAAAUUUUUUACUUGUUUCGUUGAAACAGAAAAGCAACAGUCAUUUCUGUGUUUUGUUAUUUCCUAAGUAUCUAAUUUUAUUAAAAUCAGUUUUUAAG